AUGGAAAAAUUCGUGGAGGUAAACCGUGUUCACAGUUCUCUACGUAAUAGUUUCAUGCGUUCUCCAUGGACGGUGUUUGCCCUACUCGCUGCAGCGUUCACCUUCGUAUGUUAUAUGAACAGUGUUUUUUGGAUGCAGGACCCGCAUCCAGGAGGUAAAGUGUUUGGCAGGUUCUUAGGACGCCCGCCGACAGUAGUGCUGACGGUUUAUGACUUUAAAGAGGGAGUUGUGUUUGAUGCGCUCAAGGGUGAGAAGCUUGACCUUCGAAUCGGCAAUAUAGCUGCUGAAUCAAUAAACAGGGAUAAUUUUACGCGAUGGAUAAACGAGCAGGAGCAAGUAAGCGUGGAGAGGAUGUUGAGGAAUAUCGCCGAUAAAAACUUUCAUGAUAAUGUAGUUUUUACAGGGGAUGUUGUGGAAGGUGCGGUUAUAGCUUCGCCUUCUAAAGUUAAUCCAGACUACUUUUACCAGUGGGUUAGGGAUGGUGCCAUCACCAUUAACACUGUGGUUAAUUUGUUACGGGACGAUACUUCGGGACUAAAUGUCACACUUAUUGGUACGGUUUUGAAAUAUCUCAAUAAUUCUCAGGUUUUGCAAAGAGUUGAGAAUCCUAGUGGUACUAUCAAACGGCAGUUAUCUGGGUUGGGGGAGCCAAAAUUUAUGACUAAUAAUAAGGCAUAUUUAGGACCAUGGGGAAGGCCUCAGAAUGAUGGACCAGCUUUACGCACUAUCGCUGUUUUGAAUUUCUUAGACUAUUUAAACAAGCGUGGGAUGACUAUAACCGAUGCCAUUAAUUUGUAUCGUAAUAAAUAUGGCGCUCAAUCAUUGCCAUUGGGUUUCCAAAACCAGCAAGAAUUAUUCGAACGCCUUAUUUUUAACGACUUAUUGUUCAUUAUGCUCUAUUGGGAUAGGGACUCGUUUGACUUAUGGGAAGAAGUUAGAGGCCUACAUUUCUUCACUUCUAUAACUCAAUUGAAGGCCUUAAAAAUGGGGUUCUUGGCGUUGUCGAAUGAUAUGUUCCAAAUAAGCGAAAGGUUUACUGAGUGUCUACAAUUAAGGAUUGAGAAAAUUACGUCCUUUAUUUUGGGUAGUAGUGGAUUCAUAAGCUCUAAUGUUAAUUACGUUGUAGAAACUCCUAAACUAUUGGGGCAACGUUCUGGAUUAGAUAUUGGCACCAUAAUUGGCAGCGUUUUAACGCAUGACUCGGAACUUCCGGAGCAUUUGAAUCUGGCUCCAGUACCUUUUAAUGUUGAUGACCCCGCAAUUUUAAACGUUCUUCAUGGAUUAGUAAAAAGUAUGAGCACUCUAUAUCCUAUUAACCACAACAGACAAGGCAAAUAUGUGGGUGUUGGACUAGGAAGGUACCCGGAAGACAUUUACAAUGGUAAUGGUGAGUCAGAAGGAAAUCCAUGGUUCUUAGCAACUGCUACGGCUGCCGAAUUGUUAUACAAAUUGGUUUUCCAAUCUCUUAAUGAGAAAAAGAAGUUGGUGAUUGAAUUAAACAAAGAUGCAAGCGAUUCCCUGUUUUGGAGUUUGAUAUUUGAUGGAAUAGUAGUAAUGAGUGAUGACAAAGUUUGCCAAUUGCAAAUUCCUUAUGACAGCCCAGCAUACCUUGAUAUGAUAAAAUCACUUUUUAACUACGGUGACUCGUUUUUGGAUGUUCUUAGGUUACAUGUUGGCGACAGCGGUGAAAUGAGCGAGCAAUUCAACAAAUAUACUGGAUUUUUAACAGGAGCAAAUAAUUUGACCUGGUCCUACAGUACAUUUGUGAGCAGCAUCCGCUGGAGGAACAAGGCCUUGGCACUAAUGGGUAUGGCUGGCAUAUUGAGGUAA